GAGCUAUUCACAAUAAGGCUUAGGGUGAUUAUAUUUUUCUUUAAGCUUAUUUGAGUACGGCUAGCCUCACCUCAAAAUUGCGGAAAUAAGACAGCUACAUUUCCCUUUUUUUCUUCCCUUUCUUUAUUCUUCUCUCCUCCUCUCUCUCAUCUCACACCCACCUUUAACACCGGCAAGCUGGAUACUUAUUCGGUCCGCUGCUGAAAACAUUGGAUCGGGAUCCGGGUAUUUCAGCUAUUACAAAAUUUGCAAGUUCAUAUCGUAUGUAACCGUGUGUGUCAUAAACCAAUCAAUGAACAUCUAGGGACCGAUGGUAGGCUUCCCAUUCGCCAGAGAAAUGGUGCUGCUUCAGCUGCUAGGCAGUUCGGCUGGUCGGGAGGAGCAAGGUGCUGUAUAAGAUAAUGUAGUCUCUUGCAAGGUCGUCAAAACUGAGGCAACUAUCCGCGAACAUGGAGCCUCUUCCUAGCACGUAUCCACUGGAUAAUUCUCCACUCUGAUCUGAUAGUUACGCUUCUUGUCCCUGCAAUGCGACGCCUGCUUCUGGGGAAGACAUGCCUCGGCCUCGGGGUCUGCAGUUGCGGUGUUUGCUAUUGGUGUGGGGGUGGGCUGUCUAAACUGUCUUGUAUGUCCUAUUGCGAAUCGGGAUAUGCAGUAAGCAGCCAUCCACUGCGGCACUACCGCAGUGACACGUCGGGAGGGUGUGUCAAGAUUUCGGUACCUGGUUUGAGAAGCUAUUUAGAUGCGUCUAUUCGACCAUAAAAGGAGAUAAUGCACGAUGUUGACUCCAACAAAGUGACGACAGUGGUUCUAUCGUGAUUGAAAAAAGCAUCUCAUAGCCCACAUUGACCACUGAUGCUAGAUAUGAUCGUCGGUCACUACAUGAGCUUGUCUGCUCAAGGUACAAGGUAGUAUAUGCACGGUGGCUGCAAUCUGCCGCGGAUGGCGCCGCCAUGCAUCAAUAACGACGAG